GUUAGUUCAGUAAAUCAACAAUUGUACAUAAAAAUUUGAAUUCUAUUUAUUAACAUUUUUUUUACUUUAUAUCUUCUUUUUGGUUAGUCAUGUUCCUUUGAUAGUUUUUAGAUUGCAUUCUUGCGUAAAGUUAAAUUAAUAAUACAAAUAUGAAUAUCAUCAGUGGAAUCAAACUGGUAACUUUCGAUGCUACAAACACCUUAAUAAAAUUUCGUAUGCCGCCUUGGCAUUAUUACGCUCUUGUAGCCAAAGAUUACGGGUUCACCGGUACAGAGAGGGAAGUCAAAGAAAAAUUUAUAGAUUCAUACAGAUGCAUGUGGGAAAAGUAUCCUAAUUUCGGCAAAAGUUCGAUACCUUGGGACCAGUGGUGGCGGAAAGUGGUAGAGAGGACUUUUGAAGGACAAAUUCCACAAGGCAAAGAAACUGUAAUUUCUAAAAUCUUGAUUGAAGAAUAUAAGACAUCCAAACUUUGGUGUGUUGCCCAAGGAGGGCGUCAGUUGCUGAAUAUCCUUGAGAAAAAGGGUAUUAACACUGGCGUUGUAUCUAAUUUUGAUCCUCGCUUACACGACAUUCUAAGAAGUGUAGGUAUAAUAAAACAAUUCAAAUUUAUCAUAACUUCGUAUGAGGUUGGGUGUAGUAAGCCGGAUAAGGAGAUAUUUAGCCUUGCAAUGAAGAAAUGUGGACUAAGUGAGCCAUCUGAAUGCCUUCAUAUUGGUGAUGAUGUGAAGAAGGACUAUGAGGCUGCAAUAAGUGCCGGGUGGCGGGCACUUGUUGUACCUAGUGGUGAUGCUCCGCUCGCUAUGACUGAGGAUUCUCCGGCUCCGGAGCAUGUGUACCCUGAUUUGUUAACAUUAGCUAAUUGUAUAGAGAAAUUAUGAGAAGUAUGACUUUAAACUAAUACAUUAAAUCACACCUCUUUACGAGAGAAGUGGGCAGACUACAUCUUUUCAUUUGCCACAAUAGUUAAGCCUAGACAGUUUAUUAUUACUCACUAUUUA